AUGCUGUCGAUUGAUAAUUUCAAAGAAACACUAGCGGUCUAUUGGCCUUUUGUUAUUGUGUCUUUGCUGUGCAUAUCUUUGAUUCAAGCUCGAUACUCCAGUAAUCUGCACAGAAUUCCUGGCCCAUUCCUGAGUUCAGUGUCAAUCAUUCCACGAAUUCGAUCUAUCUACCGCGGCAACUCCCACGAAGACGAGUUGGAACUGCACAAAAAAUACGGCAACUUCGUUCGAGUUGGGCCUCGCACUGUCUCCAUUUCUGAUCCUGCACACAUUGAAAAGAUCUACGGCAUCUCAUCCAACUUUUUUAAGGCGGGCUUCUACGAACCUAUCAGAUUUCACGAUGAAGAAGGCUUAGUUCCGGAUCCAUUAGUGCUCGCCGACAAGGCGACGCAUACGAGGAUGAAGAGGAAUGCGGCAAAUGCUUAUGCCCUACAAGCUCUCGUCCAGCUCGAGCCUCUUGUGGACAGAACUAUCGAUAACUUGCUCAAGCAUUUGGACAUCUGCUAUGCUUCCACCGGAGCGAUCUGCAACCUAGGGGAAUAUAUGCACUUCUUCGCCAUGGACACAAUCUUCAACGUCACUUUCGGUCGGGAUUUAGACUUCAUUAAUAGCGGCGAUCCCAAAGGCUUUUGCAGACAGUUGCAAGAUGGUCUUGGGUACCUUGUCUGUAUCGGCCAAAUUCCUUGGGCGCAUCGCUUUCUGCUCGGCAACCGCAUCGUGGCGGGACUCUUGAAUCGCCUGACCGAUGAGGAAUCAGUCUUCGACAAAGUCAUGAGUCUUGCUACUUCAUACCGAACGAUCGCCGAGAAGGAGGCUCUGAUUGGAGAUGAUGAAGCGACCUCCUGCACCUUUCUGUCUCGACUGCUGCGAAACCAGACCAGAAACCCUUCUCUGAUCACCGACAGAGAGAUUAACACGCACAUAUUUGGAAACAUUACUGCGGGAGGGGAUACCACAUCUACAGCCCUUCGAGCUAUUUUGAGAGACUUGAUCCGUCACCCAGCAGUGACUCAUCGUCUGAUUGCGGAGUUACGGGAUGCGGGGCUUGAUAACACAGAAGCUCCGGUGCCUUAUGGCGUUGCAUCAAAGUUGCCGUACCUAUCUGCCAUCGUACGGGAGUCGAUGCGAUUACAUCCGUCGGUAGGGAUGAUGCUGGCUCGAGGAGUUCCUCCGGAAGGCGCUGUGUUCCGCGAUGGGGACAGAAAUGAGUAUCACAUUGGACCAGGAGUUGAGGUCGGUAUCAAUCCCUGGGUAGUUCACCGCAAUCCUCAGGUAUUUCCUAAUCCUGAGGUCUACUCGCCCGAAAGAUGGUUGGAGGCCGCGCCUGAGCAACUGGCCCAAAUGAAACGUGCUUGGAUGCCGUUUGGCGCCGGCCGUCAUACUUGCAGUGGACAGCACAUCUCAAUGUUGGAGAUCACCAAACUUGUCCCGACAAUUGUGCUCAGAUCUGUCAUCACUUGGAGCUCUCCUAGUGAAGAUGUGUCCGUCUUCAAUCGCUUUUUCACCAUCCAAAAAGGGCUUCUCGUAAAAUUAGAGAAAAAGAUGUAA